UGUUCCCAUGAAAAAAACCGACCCGAUGAUUCUUAUUAAUUCCCCCGCCUUAAAAUUCUCAACCCUCCCCUCGCUAAGAUCUAGGGUUUCAGCGCUCACUCCUCCUCGCAGAAACACGAACACCUCGUCCGCAGCACCAAUGGAGUUUUCUUCUCUGAGCUCCGGUGGCGUGAAAGAGCCCAGCGAUCUUCUUGUCCAGUACGUCGUUCUCCGGCGUGAUCUGAUCGACGAAUGGCCGCUGGGGAGCACCGUCACACAAGGCUGCCACGCCGCCGUCGCCGCCAUCUGGAACCACCGCCACUGUCCCGAAACCGCCGCCUAUCUCUCUGCUUCCAACAUCGAUUCCAUGAACAAGGUGACGAUGGAGGUUAAGGGAGAGGCACAGAUAAGGAACUUAGCGGAGAAGCUGAGGGCUGAAGGAAUAGAGCACACGCUAUGGAUUGAGCAACCGGAGAACAUACCUACUUGCCUUGCCACUAGGCCUUAUCAAAAGUCAUUUGUUUCCUCCUAUUUCAAGAGACUCAAGCUCUGCAAAUAGAGGGUAAUCAUGCAAGUUAGUGGGCUCUUCUCUCUUUUCCUAUUUGGAAAAAAAAAUUAUUUAUUUUGAUUGUUUUGAUAAUGUGCUUUAGAUUUGAGAAGAAAUUCAUAAUAGUAUGUAUAAGAUGAAACUUUUUUUAUUAUCCUUUCGCUUAAAACCCUAAAUCUUAAUCUUAAAGGUUUGUUUGGCUAUAAGCAUGAUUUAAGUAGAAUCGUGACACAGGAGC